AUGGAGAGUCAGCAAGAUGCCGCCAAAGGGAAGCCGCGGACCUCUCCGCAAGCCGCACCCGUCCAGCAGGAGUUUCUCUUCGUCGAUGCGGCAAAAGCAAAGAGCUCCCGUCAAGGUCGGCGAAAUGCUCGGUCUUUUGUGAUGCAAAAGGCACGAAGGGAACGUCCAUGGUCUACAAGUAAACAUGCAGCGAAACAGAGAAAGAGCCCUGAGACUACAAGUCCCGCAACCGUUGGUACGCCCGACCUCUCACACACGCCGAUAACGUCGACGCCCAGUCCACCGCUCGCACAUAUGGGAACCGAUUACUUUUCCUCCGGAGACCCGAACAACCUUCUAAUAGUCAAACAAGAAGUCUGUUCGGAUUGCCAGAUCUUGUUUUGCCGACCGGGACAAAGUCUAUGCCCCAGAUGCCUUCUGUUCCAAUCUUCGGCGCCCGCGGAAGACCUGGACAACAGUCUUUUCGAUCCUUUCGGAACUCUGUCUGUCGAUACGAAUGGCAGCGUUUCGGAACUUUUGAACCACUUUAUCACCGAAAUGGCUCCCGGUACGAUAGCUGUCGACAUUCGACAUAAGUCCGACCUCAUGAGAUCGCACUGGUUUGGGACAGCUGUGAGAAACCCGGGGUUUAUGCACAGUCUGCUUUGCACUGUAGCUCUGCAUCGAUACUGGUCCGGUCGGGGCUCCAUCGAAGCCAUCCUCCACCACAGAGCACAGGCAAUAACAGCGAUAAAUUAUGCCAUAAUGGACCCAAACCCGAGCAUGGCAAUUUCAGACGCCAACAUAGGUGCUGUGUUUAACUUGCUGACGGUCGAGGAAAGUCUGCCUCAUACUGUUCUCGAAUCGCAUCCUGCAAGCUUUUAUACUCUGGUGCGCAGCCUAAGCACUCCGCGGAACAGCCCAAAUAAGUCUAGCAUUUGCUUACUGAGCAUCAGGCAUUCUACGGCCCACGCGAUAGCUUCAUUUGAGGCGCCAUACCUUUCCGUUAUCGAUUACACCAACGCUGCAUGCUACCCGCGUCAUCCCCCCGGAUAUUCGUCGAAUAUAUCAAACCAUCUACUCGAGUGCUGUCAGAAGGCUCACGUGGAACGCUCCCUUACCGCUUUGGUCAAGUCAGCCCUCAUUCUCAUCGCUGAUUUGAAUGCAUGGUUCAACGAUCCCAACUGCCCACUUGAUCCCCUCGAUAUCCAGAAUUACUCCUGCGUUCUGGAGUGCAUGCUAUUGAAGUGGCUUCGCGAUAAUGAGCACUCCGCCCGCCCUAUCGAGGGCGCGCUUUGCGUGGCGCUCCUAAUCUUCACGGUUCGCACCACCGAAGCACUCAAACGUCGGGUAGAUGUCCACGCGCUCCAUUUCGCGGCCAGUAAGAGGCUCGAAAUGGCUCUGAGUGCCACAAGCCGCUCCGAAUGGCAGUCUUGCCCAGAACUACUGCUGUGGAUCCUGGCCAUCGGGGCUAUAUCUGCAGAAGGAUCAGCUGAGAGCUCGUGGUUCGUCUACCAAGUAUCCUUGGCCUGUUCUGAGUUCGGAAUACAGGGCGCGAAUGCCCUCCUCGAUCGCCUACAUGUCUGUGGCUGGGUCAGCUUCAAGCUCGACGAAGCGGUGUGCCACCUAUGGAAAAGCAUCACUGAUCUCAGGCUCGAGCCGUAUUUCGACGCGUCAAGCAUGGUUGGACCCCUCCAGGUCCAAGUCGCGGAGCCCGACUUCAUUGACUGGCAGAACAUAGACUGGUCGGCGUUGAGCAAUCAAGACCAGUUGCUGGAAGAUGCUGAAGGGGCUUUUCUGGGUGCAGAUGCCCUUGCGAGCAUGUUGAUCCUUCAGAAACAAGACGAACCGGAGAGUUUCCGGCCGCUGAUGCCCUUUCUUACUCAGCGCCCACUUCGGCCCUCAACGUGGGGAUUUAUCGACGCCAUAUCCUUUACUCGAUCGGAAAUACGACACCAUGGCUCAGGCAGGAAGUUGAGAAUUAUGUGCCCAGACGAUAUUUACAUUAGAGAUCUGGCCGGGGGCGACUACUACGCUCACUAG